AUGUUGUUCAACUGCUAUGCAUGCAUAGAUUCUGGCAUUCAGGUGGAUCCGGUAAACUGUGACUGUAAGUCUCUACCUAACGAGCAAUGUUCCGCGAAUGCAUGUUUUGCGAAAGUGGAACUGUUUGCUGAUGAAUCAACAGCCAUUGUUCAGAAAGGUUGCAUAUCGGAUUUCCCAGCCGGACAGAGAGGCUGUCAAUAUGCUAGCAAUAUGGACACGAUACACUGCUUUUGUGAUCAAGACCAAUGUAACACUAGACAGAAGUUGGGCAGCUACAUUCCGUCGCGUCUUCCGUCCAUCGAAUGCUGUCAUUGCACUUCCCGUCAUGGUGAAGAUUGCGAUUCGGGAUGUUCAACAAAGUGUCGAGGAAACUACUGCGUUGUAGAUUUUGAUGGGAAAGAGCAGGGAUGUGGAUUAGGAUAUCCGAGACUACCAUCAUUUCUUCGCGUGGAUGAUUAUAUGGAUUAUGAAGGAGAUUAUUUGUGUACUAGAUAUGAAUCCAGUGCGUCCAACGUGAUGAAUGGUUGCGUGUGCACACACCCAUCUGGCCUCUGCAAUGAGUUCAAUAAAACCUUCAAUUAUCAGAAGAAACACGUGAUCGAGAGAAAGGAUGAAAACUUGCACUACUGUUAUGCAUUGAUGCACAAAGCAUACAAACCAUUUGGACAAGAAGUUUUCAAGAAAUCAUCAACAUGUGAAGGUCACUAUUGCUUUAUUUCUCUCACAACGUCCGAAAUUGUAUUAGAAAGCGCUGAUUUCAAACACAACUAUGAAGAUCAUGACGAAUUUGUUGGUGCUGCAAGACCUCGGUUUGAAUUACAAGCAGGAUGUGUGAAAGUGAAUGGAGACGAUAAAGUCCAAACUGGAUGUACUGUUGAAACACAAGGAAACAGUUCGGAGAUUCUCGCCAAGCAUUGCAUUUGCGAUAGCCAUCUGUGUAACUUUCACCAUUUGGUCCGAGGAACUGAAGAUCCACGGCCAAAAGCAGCUGUUCCCGGAGUGAAGCAGACGACGAGUCAGUUGAAUCCAGUUCGCUUGUACACUUCAAAUAAGGAAAUGGAUGAGAAUGACAUUCUUUCUGUGAUGAACGGAGCAACUUGGCCGACUGCGUUUGGAGCAUUAGUCGUAGUGGUGCUCAUUGUCUUAUAG